GAGUGAUUGACGGCCAUUUUAUGUGCACUGAUAACUCCUGUAAUGUUGUCCUAAGUAACUGUGAGGAAUUUCUCACACAGGAAGACGUUGUUAAAGCUAAAAAUCGUGACACUAGUGAGGCUGUGAACAUCAGAACACUAGGACUGGCUAUAGUCCCUGGGGAUCAAAUACUAACAAUAUCAGUCCAGGACACAUUGUUAUCCAAUGAAUUACUAGAACACAUCAGCAGUAGUAAUAAUACCACUGCCAGUAGCAGUGAGACUAGUAUCAGUUCAUGAUGUAAAAAUAUUCAUGAUUCUUUUUAAACUAAAAUUAUUUUGCACAAAAUUAAGAAUAAGUACAGAGCCAAUUACAAAAAUUGGUAUAUGGGUAUUUGACUAAAGGCCUCAUAAUAAAUUUUAUUUCAUUUUAGAUCAAAAAUGGCUCAAAUUUUUACUUUCAAAGUAAAUUUUUGUAUUUAUAGAUCUAAUACCACAUAAUAAUAGGUAAUAGGUAGGUGCGGUCACACGUGUAUCAGAAUCAUAUCAGAAGAGUUUCAUACUCUUUUAUUCGCUUUUCUCCCUCUUUCUCUCACUCCAUCAUGCUCAAUCAUCCUUAUUUAACAGCUGUAAGACCAUGGACCCUGUCCGCCUCCCUCACUCCAGUAUUAUUAGGAGCAGUACUUAGCUAUCAAUCCCACCAUCAGUUCUCUCUCCUCCUAGCACUAGUAACUGUCCUUACAGUGCUCACAGUACAUGGGGCUGGUAACCUCGUCAAUACAUACUUUGAUUACAUGCAGGGGGUGGAUCCACGGGCCGCUGGUACCGAAGACAGGACACUGGUCGACCGGCACCUGGAGCCGACGCAGGUCGUUAAUCUAGCCGCCUACUUGUAUGGUUGUGGAAUGUUGGGUCUAUGGGCUUUAAUGGUGUUAUCUCCGGCUCAAAGUUACCUAAUCGCUGGAUUGUUCUUCGGUGGUUUAUCAGGAUCAUUCCUAUACACGGGAGGCAUUGGAUUAAAAUAUUACAUAUUAGGAGACCUUUUAGUCAUCAUUACCUUUGGACCACUGGCAGUUCUAUUCUCUUACGUCAUCCAAUGUGGACACUUCUCUCUAUCUCCUCUCCUCUUAGCCGUCCCACUAGCUCUCAACACUGAAGCCAUCAUGCACAGUAAACAUACCAGGGACAUAUCUGCUCAUAAAGAGGUUGGACUCGUCUCUUUAGCUGUUAUCCUUGGUGAACAAGGCUCCUACUUUCUCUUUGCCCUCCUCCUCUUCUGCCCUUAUUUCAUAUUCUUCUAUUGGAUGAUCCAGUACUCGCUGCCGUUGGGACUUCCUCUUGUUACAAUGCCUUAUGCAUUUAGUUUGGAGAGGGUUUUUCGCGAGAGUAAUUGCCGUCACAGUAUCUCGCGUCAACUCGCUGGUCUUAAUCUCACUCUAGGACUGCUACAAGUGAUUGGAUGCUGUUUCUCUAAUUAUGUACCAUAUUCAGUUCGCUGACUGUUACAAUAGUUUUUAAAAGAUAGUUUUAUUUAUUAUCAUUGUAACAUUUACUAAUAGAUUGUCUGAGUGCAUUGAUUUAAUGCACUGUUGUACAAUAGCAAAAUUGUAUUCCUAAA